AUGUCUCAUCCUUGGCUCGUUCAAGAACAAGACCGCUGCAACUAUGGUCUUCAAUGGCAGCAGGUAAUUGCCACCAAUCAAGCACCAAAUGUCGUCCUCGGUCCACCAAACUUCCAUUAUCCUCCAGAGAAGAACGUAUUUGCUGUUCAGGGCGAACAAGAUCAGCAAUAUAUUCAAGACUUCGAAACCAACAUUCGCUCUCCAAUCAAAGAUUUUCUUGUCUCCGAGCUAUCUGAUUGUACAUGGACCUUGAAUAUACUGCGUCUCGGCUUCGAGAAUAAUAGAUGCGAUAAUCCAGUUGUCAUGCACCUUUUCAUUCAAAAGUCAGAUUACUUCUUCGACCAUGGAAACAAUGCUAUCAAGGUCCUGGAAGGCAUGGAAUGGGUCAUCCCCCAGAAUACGAAAAGUCCCGAGAAAUACUUCAUCGACAUUUGUCAAAUUUAUAGUUCAACACUGAGAAGCUCCGGAUUGCAAAGCAACCGAGGUGUUGAUCUCACUCAUAAUUUUGAGAAAAUAUAUGAAGAAUACACUCCACUUCCUGGUCUUUCGAUCGGACGCGAAGAAUACAGUGCUGCUGGUUCCUUGACUGGCUUCCUGAGACAUAACGAUGAUAUCUACAGUCUCACUUGCAGACACGUUGCUUUUCCGGACAAAAACUUUCGGACCGGUUACAAAUAUCAGAAUGGGAAGGAGAAAUUGCAAGUAUCUAUACCUGCAAUGAAGGAUCAUGCUGAAACCAAGAGCAAAUUGAAAUUCGCUCUUGAUAACAUCGAAUUCGAAACCAACAAUGUGCGCUUCGAGGAUGCGGCCAGUAUUGACGAAGAGUAUAUGCUGUGCAUAGAGAGACAAGAAAUGCGUCGAAAGUUGACCCUCGCUCGAUACAACGCUGCUGAAGACUACUAUCCUAAUGCUGGCUAUGUUUCUGCUGCCCCAGAGGCAUGGCGCAAAGUUUCUGGUUAUACUGGAAAUCUCGAUUGGGCUAUCAUCCACAACGUUUGCUUACCUCGAACAAGAUUCGUAGAAGAAGCUCAAAUCUCCAGUUUGAUUCAAAGCAAACAAAAAGAACACCAGUGGUCAAACGAUGAGUGCCAAGCUUUCAAUUCAAAGUGUCAAGCAUUACAAGAUUCGCAGGAAUUUAAUAUCAAGCAUCCGAGCUCAUCUUCGGCUCUGGGCACAAACAAGUUCUACUUCAAAGCACCAAGUCGAACAUUGGGCUGGCUGGCAUGUGAAUUGAAUUCCAUCAGAAACAUCCACCACGAAAAUGGCCAUGGAGAAUCAGAGGAAUGUGUAUUUGUUGGCGCGUUGCACGGGGGAGCAGCAUCUGGUGGAGGUGAUUCUGGCGGAGGUGAUUCUGGUGCCUUGAUCUACGAUAUCGAUAUUGACACUACGAAUUCCGAGAGGCAUGCUGCGGCCCUCAUACCCAUGGCUAUGAUUUGGGGUGGUAACCAUCAUGGAUCGGUUGUUUCGGGCUUUGGUGAUGUUACAUAUGCGACCCCCAUCGGCGCAGUAUUGAAGGAUAUAGAGUCUGAGAUGGGAUGGGAUGAAGGAAGUCUUAAAUUCUGCUAA